CCCCAAAUGACUCGACAACAGAUUGAUCAGAGUGUGUCCACAGCAGAGAUUGGAGACCUGAUUGAGUUUGUGAACCCAUUACUGGGAUUGUCUCUUUGGGGUGUUUAUGUUGGAGAAGGCCAUGUUAUCCAUUUUGGGGUAGGAGAUGAAAACAUGACACAGAAAGCCUGCCGCAGCUUCCUUCAGCAAAUGGUUCCAAAGUCGAAUGGUGAUCGUGUUCUGAAGAAGACCAGAAUCUGCAAGCAGCGCAUUACGGAUAUCAAAGUGCCUCCAGCAACUCGAAUCAGGGUCAACAACAACAACCACAACCUGGUUCCAUCACCACUGGAGAUGAUGACACAUCGCUGUGAGACUUUUCUCCACCAGGAGUUCAAGUACGACCUCAUGAACUUCAACAGUGAACAUUUCGCCACGUUUGUUCGACAUGGUUACGCAGUGUGCAACCAGGUGAGUUCAGCCAUACUUAAGUGACAGUGACUGAGUGAUGUGGUAUAUUAGGUCUAUAAGCAGUCAACCUGUAAUUUAUUGUGGAUCUCCAAUUGAAAGAAUAUUAAUCUGCAACUAUAUUGCUAACUGAUUCAUUGUUAAAGUAAUUUCUCAAGUAAUACCAAAACAUUUGAUGGUUCCAGGUUCUCAAAUGAGAAUUUGCUGCUUUUCUAUUUUUUUACACAUAUUUUAUUGUAUGGAUAGUUGUUCAAACAAAACAAGACAUUCAAUGAAAUCACCUUGCGCUGUAGGAUAAUAUGAUGGCCAUUUUUCCCUGUAUUGUUAUGUUUUAUAGUCUAAUUGAUUAAUCAAGAAAAUAAUCAGCAGGUUAAUCAAUUAUGAAAAUAAUCAUAAGCUGCAGCCUCCAAUUUAAUGUUCCAAUUCUUUACUCUUUUUUAGAUUCCCUUUAAGAAAAAGAAUGAAGCGCAUACAGAUACAACUCAAACUCUGCAAAUGAUAAUGCAGCAACGGAUGGAGACAGAAACUUGAGAUCCUCUGUGGUGCCUCUCAUGCACCUCUGUAACACUAACUUAGUUAAUGAGGAAAAUAAAAAAAAAUCCCUCACUGCUACUUUGAGAAUGUUUCAUUUAACAACUCAAGGCACAAUAAAAUAUGUUC